CAAUACGCUGCAGACGAUCGACGUCUUUGUAUGGUUUAUCCGUCUAUACCUCGAAUCGAAGCAGACGCUCUUGAGACGCCAAAGGAGAAGGACGUGACCAUGGUGUGGGGAUUUGUGACCUGCGGGCCCAACGAGGCCUUGGUCAUUUCAGGAUGUUGCCACAAAAAGCCUCUUUUGGUCCCUGGUGGACGAGCAUUCGUAUGGCCCACUGUCCAGCAAGUACAGAGGAUCUCCCUCAACGUCAUGACACUGCACGUUGAGUCGCCGAGGGUCUACACUGCACAGGGCGUCCCCAUCUCUGUCACUGGUAUUGCUCAGGUCAAAGUCCAAGGUCAGUAUGAGGAGAUGCUACUAGCAGCCUGUGAGCAGUUCCUUGGAAAGAGUGAAGCAGAGAUCCAGCAGGUUGCGCUUGAAACCCUGGAGGGACAUCAGCGUGCCAUCAUGGGUUCCAUGUCUGUUGAGGAGAUCUACAAGGAUCGUAAGAAGUUCAACCAGAACGUCUUCGAGGUGGCAUCCAGUGACCUUAUCAACAUGGGCAUCACUGUCCUCUCCUACACGCUGAAGGACAUCCAUGAUGAUGAGACGUACUAUGCAAAGGGCUACUUAGAUGCUCUGGGUAUGGCAAGAACGGCGGAGGUGAAGAGAGAUGCCCGCAUCGGAGAAGCAGAGGCACAGAAGGACUCCCAGAUCAAGGAGGCCAUUGCUGAGGAGGAACGCAUGGCUGCCAAGUACAUCAAUGACACAGAGAUUGCCAAGGCCCAGAGGGACUUUGAGCUCAAGAAGGCCACUUAUGACAUGGAGGUCCAGGCCAAGAAAGCAGAGGCUGAACUGGCCUAUGAGCUCCAGGCUGCAAAAACCCGACAAAAGAUUAAGGAGGAGCAGAUGCAGAUCAAGGUUGUGGAGCGAGCCCAGGAGAUUCUCAUUCAGGAUCAGGAAAUUCAGCGUCGUGAGAAGGAGCUGGAAGCUACUGUUAAGCAGCCAGCUGAUGCAGAGAAGUUCAAGCUGGAGAAACUGGCUGAAGCUGGUCGUAACAAGACCAUACAGAAGGAGUACAAGGAGGCUGCCAUGCUGGACAUGUAUCUCGAUACCAUGCCCAAGGUGGCUGCUGAAGUCGCAGCUCCUCUGUCCCAAGCAAAGAAGUUGACGAUGGUAAGCAGUGGCAAUUCAGAGGUGGGUGCUGCCAAGCUGACUGGAGAAGUGAUGGAGAUCAUCACCCGCGUCCCAGGAAUGGUCAAGAACAUGACUGGUGUGGAUGUGACCAAGAGUAUCCGUGCCGUUUAAGAAGUGAUCCAAGCGCAUCAUCACCGCAAGGAGGGAUCUCGGGGAGCAGCAGGGGCCACCCAAGAAGCAUUUUGUUUUUUUGGUGUCUCAGAGCAGGAUUGCAGCUUCUUUUUCCCUUUAGAUGUGCAAUCAUUAGUGUCAUGAGGACUUGCAGAAGAAGAGGAAAGAGGAGAAAAAUUGACUAUCUUCCCUCUUACUUUAUCUUUUCUUUUAUCAUUUUUUAUUCUCCUUUCCAUUUUUGAAAACAAUGGUACAGCAGUGUCUAAACUAAAAGGUGCAUAAUUUGUUGUGUUAGAUGUUGGUAUGCCUUGAUAAGAAGAAUAUUCAGGUCAGGUCCACUUCUAAAAGUCUUGCAUGCGCUUAUGUGGAGAGUACAAGAAAAUGAUGUGGAACUUUGCGCUGCGCUUACUGCGUAUUUCUGGAUUACUGUUGCUGGGGCCUUAACAAACCUUUUCAGACUCACAAAUUUAUAUAGAUGUAACACAUAUAAACCUGCUCCUUAUAUUUA